CUGGGAACGCUCCCCUUCUUCUGCAACUUCGCUCGCACGCAUUCCCAAGGUGCCCUGUAGCUCCUGGGCCCUAGAGCCUUCGGACCUCUAUGCUGUCACGCGGCUCCCGGGGUUGCCAUGGCGCCAGUAGAAGGCUGCAGGGUGUGCUGCCCAGCUGAGGGCACCUUGGGAGGGGGGCGAUGGGGGCGUCGCGGGCCGCAUCCUGGACCUCGACUGGGCCUCAGCCCGAGAGCUCAACGCGGCCACGGCGCUAUUUCCACAGCACGCUGAUCUUUUACUGGAGGAAACGCGAGCGCCGCAAUGGACGGCGAACGACAAGCCCAGUCCAGGGAACGAGGUUCAGGGGCACUAGCUAGCCCCAGGCCUCCGGCCCCAACGUCGCCUCGGCCCCGGGCCCCGGUUCGGCUGCCGGCUCCACCUGGGCCUUCUGCCCCGCCUCGCCCAGCCCUCUGGCCUCGGGCUCCGCCUCUCCCGAGCCCGCUCCGCAGCCUCCGACCCCGCCUCGACUCCGUGGCCCACCCCGGCGCCGGGCCCCUCUUCGCCUUCAGGCCACGCCUCGGGUCUCGGUUCUUUCGGGUGGCCUGGAGGCCGAUUUGGCGGCCCAGCUGGAACCCGGCCUGGCCCGGCAGGCUGUGCGCGGACAAAAUGGCGGCGCCCGGCGAGCAGGAGCGCUCGUUCUACGGCAGUCUCUUUUCCUUCCUCCCUGGUGGCACGCGGUCUGAGGGAACUGACGACCUGGUGACAGACGCGCGGGGCCGCGGCGCGGGGCGCAAGGACGCCGCCACUCUGGCCUCGUCUCCCGGCCAGGCGCCGGCCUCAGAGUCCUCGGGCACCCAUGACGCCUCACGUAGGCGGCCCUGCCGGGCCUGCGUAGACUUCAAGACGUGGAUGAGGACGCAGCAGAAGCGGGACAAGAAGUUUAGGGAGGAUUGUCCACAGGAUCGCGAGGAACUGGGUCGUCACAGCUGGGCUCUGCUCCACACCCUGGCUGCCUAUUACCCGGACCAGCCCACCCCAGAACAGCAGCAAGACAUGGCCCAGUUCAUCCAUUUAUUUUCCAAGUUUUACCCGUGUGAGGAGUGUGCUGAAGACAUAAGGGAGAGGAUAGGCAGGAACCAGCCAGACACUCGAACUCGGGCGUCCUUCACCCAGUGGCUAUGCCAUCUGCACAACGAGGUGAACCGAAAACUGGGCAAGCCCGACUUCAACUGCUCGCAGGUGGAUGAACGCUGGCGUGAUGGCUGGAAGGACGGCUCCUGUGACUAAAGGAGGGCCAGCCUGGGUGGAGAGGGGUGAGGCACUGAUUAAAGUGCAUCUGAACCGGAGCCUGUUGUGUCUCAGUAGGACAGUCCCCAGGACACUGCCCACAGAGGUCCUCCCCUCCGGCACAAUACAGAAGUGGAGGUGCCCACUGAAAGCACUCUGUGGCCUCAGCUGAGGCUCCAAGGGACUGACGGUGAUGGAGGCAGGAGCAGUCAUGCUUGCCACUUGCCUCCUGCCCCAACUCCACAACAUGCACCUAGUUCCCCCAAAAGGAAGACAAGGGGCAUGGUUGGGGUUCCCUGUGCCUGCUCCGUGAGGCCAUGCCAUUGCCUUCCCACUGAGAAGCUGGGGAUCCCUCAAUGGCUGUGCUGUUGCUGCUUCUGGAAUAAGGCCUGCUGUGUGCUUAGUCUCCACAGGGAAAGCUCAGGCAGAGUUUUUCUCUGAGGGUCCACUCACCGUGCUACUCACUUCCCAGCAGGCACAUGGUCUUUCACAGUGGUGGCAGGCUUGUCCGAAGAGGAUCCUGGGGACAGCUUCCUUAGAGUUUUGAGACCAAAAUAAAAUGCUGGGGAAGUGACUGAA